AUGUCUUCUUUUUUUUUUAUCAUUCCUUCUACUUUUUCAUUUCCUCCACUUCUUUCUAUUUCUUUCUUUUUCUUUUUUUCUUCUUCUUCUUACUUCUCUCUAUUCCAUUCUCUUUCUCUUCUGUAUAUUCAGUCUCUCUCUUUUUUUUCGGUCCCUUUUUUGUCCUUCUUCUCGCCCUUUUCCCAUUUUCUCUUCCGUAAUUUAUUUCUUCCCUUUCCUCUUCUUUGCUUCUGUCUCUAUAAUUCUCCUCACUAUCUUUCUUCUUUUUCUUCUUCAUUCAUCCUUCAAUUCUUUUCCAUUUUAUUAUUGUCAAUCUUAUUCGUCGUCUUCUUCCUCCUAUGCCCAUGUCUUCUUUUGUUUUCGUCUUUCUUUUUUACAUAUUUACUCUCUUUUAUUCUAUCAACUAAUUACUUUUUAUUCCUUUUCUUCCUUUUGUCGUUUCUUCUCAUUCCGUUGUCCUUUCUAUCUUUUCCUACUCCUUAUUACAUUUUUACUCCAUUUUUUUUUUUAAAAACAAAAAACAUUUUAUUGAAUAUCUAUCUAUCUAUCUAUCUAUCUAUCUAUCUAUCUCAGUCUGACCAUUAUCUAUCUAGCUGA